AUCCGCUAGAUGGCGCAAACAAUAAUUCGCGAGUGCAUAUAAAAAAUGGCGCUUGAUUUGAAGAAAGCAAUUUUCAUAUUUCGGACAUGGUAAGUCUUCAGAUGUUGAGAUGGAGAUGAGCCUGGAUUCAAUCUGUCACCGCAUCCGUGUGUUGGAUGACCUGGUACAGGGCAAUGUGGAGACGUCCGAGAUCCAUACCUCACUUGUUACUAAGGAGGGACUUUUAGAUGCCCUUAUCACUCUGUAUGAUGAAUGUGGACAUGAAUUUGUCAAGCAAAACAAGCAUGUGGCAGCAUUUGUUAAGAAAUAUGGUAAGACGAUAUGUGAGAUUAAGAAAAUACGAAUCAGGGCAACAGAUUUUGAGGUGAAAGAUGCUAUUGGAAGAGGACACUUUGGAGAAGUACUGGUCGUGAGGGAAAAGAGUACUGACAUCGUGUAUGCCAUGAAAAUCCUACGCAAGAAUGAAACCUUGGCCCAACAGGAGAUUUCAUUCUAUGAGGAAGAGAGAGACAUCAUGGCGAAGGCGACCAGUCCGUGGAUCACACGUCUACACUAUGCCUUCCAGGACUCGCUCAACCUCCAUCUUGUCAUGGACUUCCACGCUGGAGGAGAUCUCCUCACUCUGUUGUCCAGACAUGAUGACAUAUUUGAAGAGUCGAUGGCCCGAUUUUACUUAGCAGAGAUGACAUUGUCAAUAGAUGCUUUACAUAACAUGGGCUAUGUUCACAGGGAUGUAAAGCCAGAGAAUAUAUUGCUUGACUGCCAGGGUCACGUUAAACUGGCAGAUUUUGGUUCUGCAGCCAAACUAUCUUCUGAUGGACUGGUGUCGUCACAAAUGCCGGUGGGAACUCCAGAUUAUGUGUCUCCUGAACUACUCAUCACAAUGAACAAUGACCAGCGUAAGAGUAACAGUGGUGUAGAGGUGGACUGGUGGUCCCUCGGGAUCUGUCUCUAUGAAAUGCUCUUUGGCAAGACUCCCUUCACAGAUGAGGGUGGGUCUAUGGUCGUCACCUACUCCAAUAUCAUGAACUUCAAGAAAUGCCUGAAAUUCCCUGAGAACCACCACGUGUCUUCGUCUGGCGUGAGCCUUAUUCGUAGUCUCCUCGCGGAGAAGGAUGAUCGUCUCAGCUUUAGGGACAUCACCAAACACAAAUUCUUUUGCUCCAUUAACUGGGAUGACAUUCGACAAGAGACGCCUCCGUUUGUGCCCCACCUGUCGUGUCUGGAUGAUACCUCCAACUUCGAGGAACUGGAGAGGGUGCGAUACCAGCCAACGUUUGAGGAUUUCCAGAAGCCUCAGGAGUUUACCGGAAAAGAUCUGCCCUUUGUAGGGUUCACUUAUAUCAGGAAACAGAACCAGGACGGACAACCCAAAAAUAUUAAGUGUUGCAGUGGGUCAGACUCAUCAUCGGAGACUGACUUUUCCUCAACUGAGACAGAAUACCUUGCCCCUGCCAGGGCUCCACACAGUCCUGGACAUACUGACCUUCAGGUCACCCUCACUGUGAAGGUCGCAGAACUACAGACAUUGAAGGAGGACUGUCACAAACUGGAGGAAACAGAGUGUCGACUAAAGGCCGAAGUGGAGCGACUUAAAUUUAAGGGACAGGAGAAAGAUGACGAGCUCUGCCGAUUGAAUAUAGAGAACGAAGGACUCCAGGUUGACCUUCAGAGAUAUGUAGAGAGAUCUGAGGAUUGGAAGGAGCAGCUGGAGGUAGCACUACACGAGAGAGACCAGCUGGAGCUGAAGGCCGAAAAUCUGUUGGUUGAUGUUAAGGACAUGCAGACAGAGGCCGACCAGAUAGAGACCGAGAUCCACAGGUCGGAGAUGGAAGAGAUACAGGACAUGGUUGUUGAACUGGAGCAGGAUAAGUGUAACCUGCGGACAAAACUCAAGAGCCGAGAAAAACAACUAGCACUAUGCAGGGAACAGAUUGAAAGUCAACAAGACCAAAUAUCCAAACUACAACGGAAGCUAGAUAAGGAACAACGAAAGUCCCUUGAUGGUAUGAAGCGAGAUGUUUCAAGUAUGGAGAAAAGAAAUGAGGCAUGGAGACAUAAGAUAGAAGGAAAAAACAUGGAAGUGAUGACUCUUAACAUAAAGCUCCAGGAGAUGGAAGAACUGUUGGAGGUCUACCAGCUACAGGAAAAGGAUUUCAUGGAGCGGGAACAGGAACUACUCCGACGUGUAGAUGGGGGCGGCCUCAUAGACAAAAUGGAGCUGAGAGUGUGGCUGAAGUCUUGUCCAAUGCAGGAAAGUAAGGAUUCUGAAAAUAGGAAAAGACGAAUUGAGGAGCUGGAACAGCAUGUGACAAUGCUGGACAAUCAGGCAGAGGAAUGGAGGGAAAAGGAAGAUGGCUUCCAGGAGACCAUAGAUCAACUACAGCGAGAGAUGGACACACUGCUACAGGAGCUGAAGACCUCGGAGAAAUCCAAACACAGUCUUGCUCAUCAAGUGCGGUUCUAUCAGGAGGAAGCCAAACAGCUAAAGCAGAGACUACAGGAUCUUAGUGAGAAUGUGAAACAAGUGAGCCAGGAUGAGGACGAAAAGACUAAACACACCUCCCUGGUAGAGAAGAGAGUCAAGGACCUGGAAGCCGAUGUUGAGCUUUUGCGCACGGAGAGGAGACAUUUGCUUGCUGACGUAAUUAAGUUCCAGGAGGAGGCAGAUAACAAAACCUUCAAAGUUGCGGAGCUUGAGAGGGUUCAUACUCAUGUUACGCAGACCAUUUCACGUAUGACGUCACGUCUGGAGAGACUAGAGAGGCAGCUCACCGACUCCCGCGACAGGGAGGUGGAAGUUAGACUGCGUGCUAAGGAACAUGCUGACUUCAGACUCAAAGUUGCUAAUGAAAAGAUCAAAGGACUGGAGGAAGAGAAGGCAAGCCUAGGGAAGAAGCAGGAUGACAUAAAAUCUGAAAUGGACUCUCUCAAGCUCCAGGUAUGUCGGUUAGAGGGAGGGAAAUCAGAGGCGUCCAGCUUAAAAGACGAAUGUGACCGCAAAUCGUCAGAGCUUAUAGAGACUAAAAACCAGCUUAGCAAGAGUAAAGAGGAAAAGUUUGACCUCUCUCAGAAAGUUAGACGCCUGACUGACGACAAAGACAAUCUGGAACGCUCAGUCAGUAAGCUAGAGGAGAGGGUGGAGAAACUUAACAAACGUUUAAAGGAGGCAGAAUCCCAAGCAAGGGAGGUAAUAGUGCUCAGGAGUGAGAAAGAGGGACUUGAAAGGAGAAAUGAACACCUACAAAAGGAGACCAGUAAAUUGAAUGAGCUCACCACAGUACAAAAGGAGAGAGAUGCUCUUACUGUCAAGCUUCAGAGUGUAGAAAAAGAGUUGGAGGAACAGAAACUUUUAGCAACGAAACGCUGGAACAAGAUUGCAGAUGCUGAAGAUAUACGCCAGACUAACAAUUACCUGGAAAGUAAGGUCAAAGAUCAACAGGAGAAGGUGGAACAGCUAGAGAUUAAGGUGAAGAGUCUAGAAGGAGACCUAAAAGCAUCGAAAGAACGUGAAAACCGUAUACAGAGUCUCAUGGAGGAGGUGGAUCGAUUGAGGCUAGAGAAGAAAUCCCUGGAGGUGAAGAUGAGGGAGCUUCAGGUAGAGUGGGAGUCCAAACAGCGUGAAACGACUGGCAACAAACGUGAGGUACACGUCAUGGAGGAGAAAUUCAGUAAGGAGAAGGAGAAACAUGACCAGGUUAUUGUGGAGUUGAGGCGAGAACUACAUGAUGCCAAUCUAGCCCUCAGUGAAGCCCGCUCACUGCUAGCUGCCAGUGAGAGACAGGAACGCAAUAACAAGGAACGGUAUGAAUCAGAGAUCCGUGACCUUCAACUUAAGCUCCAUAGGUCAGAGAAUAUUAUUGACCUUGAACAAGAACUGAAGCUCCUAAAGUCUCAAGCUGAGAAAUCCACCAGACAGUAUAAGGAAAUGGAAGAUAGGAUAUCCAGCCUCCAGAAAGAGAAGAGUUCCAUCAAUAUGGAGAAGCACAUGAUACAGGACCAGCUGGUUCAGAAGGAACAUGAGUGUGAGCUAGAAACACAGAAAGUGUCCAAGCUACAGACUGUGUGUAGUGAACUAGAGGAACAGUUACAGGAACUUGAAGCUCUCACCGAGGAACAUGACCGUCAGCAGAGUGAAUGGAACAACAUCAGGGAAACCUUUGAGACAGCUGUGGUGGAGAGGGAGGAAGAAAUAGAGGGAACCUCACACCGGCUACAUGCUUUAGAGCAGGCAAAACAGACAGCUAGUGAGAAGGUAGCAAACAUAAAGAAACAGAUGACAUCCACGAAGGCAUCUCACAAGGCUGAAAUAGAGGCUCUUAACCACAGAAUAUGGGAGAUACAGAGAGCUGGUCUAAAAAAUGAAGCCAAGGUGUCGGAGCUAAAGGAACACAACAUGCAGCUCAAGUGUGUGGCCGACUCACAGAAACGUAACCUAGAGGCUGACCUGGAUGAGAAAAGAGCUCUCAAGGAGGAGAUCUCCACUGUAAUGACGGAGUGCCAGGAUCUGCGGACAAAGAACCUUAAGCUGAAGCACCAUCUGGACGAGGCCAUGGACAAAUUUGAGCUCAUCUUUGGUGAAAAGAUGGACCUGGAAGGCUUUACAGAUGCUCUGCAGGGUGUUCAUUUCCUGGAGAAAUACAAGUUUGAGAGUACCAUCGGCCAGCAGAUGAAGCUCAUUGACUACCUCCAUGCGCUGUGGGCUGAGAACAGUGCUACUAAGAAGAAAAAGUCGGGGAGUAAGCUAUUUGGAAGUGCUAAAACUAAGGAUGUUCUCAGCCCUGGAAACCCGAUGCCCUACCUUGACCUACAGACGGCACUCGACCAGGAACGCAAGCGCUGCAAUAAACUUCAGGAACAGAACGAGAAACUGAGGCAGGAAAAGUUUGCACAGGCUAAUGAGUGGUGUGAGGAGAAUACCAUACCUGGAGCCUCGGAGAAAAAUCAGUCAGUAUUAAAAUUGAUGGGAUCCCUGAAGGAAAAUGACACCCUGACGCCAAGCGACAGAGUUGCUGUGGCUGCCCUAGUUAGGUCGCCGUCAGCUCACUCUGCAUCAGUCAACCUACUGACCCCGAGUGUGAAGAGGUCUAGCAGUGUGUACUCCUACAGCCUUCCCCAGACUGCCAGUCAGAGGAUGCACCACAACAUCCCGCACCGCUUCAUCACGGGACUCAACACACGCGCUACCAAGUGUGCUGUCUGUCUCGGCAGUGUACCGUUUGUCAAACAGGCAUCCAAGUGUCAAGAGUACCACAUGGUAUGUCACCCAAAGUGUGUCUCAGCAGCUCCCGCCACCUGUGGCCUUCCUACAGAGUAUGUCCAACACUUCCAGGAGAUAAUGAGCCUGGACGAGAAUACACCGGUCAACAGAAAGCUGUCACUGUGCAAGGAUGAUAAACCCAUACACAUGCAAGGUUUCCUCAAAAUACCCAGUACAGGGACACAGGGCUGGGAGAGGAAAUGGGCGUCGCUGGAAGACAACAUACUUAUGCUAUACAACAACGAGACGGAUGCAAAUCCCAUUGAUUCAUUCAACCUGAACCCCCAGGAGACAGACGUGACUGUACACAGUGCCAUCAGCACAGCAGAGCUCCCCAACACUGCCCAGACAGACCUGAACCAUGUUAUCAAGGUGGAACAUGAACCAUUAACCACAUGCUGGCCUGGCAGAGUAUUAUACCUGAUGGCAAUGAACUUCUCAGAAAAGUCCAAGUGGGUGGCGUCUUUUGAAGGAGCUGUGAAAAACUUGCAGAAAAAAGAUAGUGUUAAAAGACAGAAACUACAGACCACAGUCAUUAUGGAGUUGAUGGGAGAGAAACGGCUGGAUAUCAACUGUACAAAAGUUUUUUCAAAACAGAUGCUGCUUUUGGGAGCUGACGAGGGAUUAUAUGCAGUCAGCAUGCAGAUUGGGAAGCCGACUACAAAGGUGAAACUAGCUGGCUUCAAAAGUGUCCAUCAGAUUGAGAUUAUCAGUGCUGUCGGCAUGGUCAUCAUGGUUAUAGGCAAGAACAGGCGAGUUGUAUGGGUAGAUAAAAAGUUGAUAAAGAUUAAGUUGGACCAGGCGACAGGAAACGAGUCACCCCCUGUCCACUAUGACGAGGUGGAGGGGAUGUUUUGUUGCACGCUGCUGGAGGUGAAGAGAUACCAUGACACAGUGUACAUGUGUGUUGGAAUGGUGGACCGUGUCAUCAUACUUAAGUACAACACAGACCUCCGCGCCUUCUGUGUCAGGAAGGAGCUGAUGACGUCCGCACCCUGUAGCUGUAUGUGUAUAACAAAUGACUUUGUCAUCGUGGGGACAGACAAGUUCUAUCGCAUUGACUUGGAGCACCCAGCCAUGACAGAGUUUGUUGACAAGAAGGACAACUCACUGGCAUUUGCUGCAUUUGGGGCAGCCAUACACAAGAGUUUCCCGAUAGAUGUCGUCAAAGUGUCGCCCGAAGGACUGCCCCUGGAGUACCUCCUUUGUUUCCAUGAAUUUGGUGUGUUUGUUGACAUCAAGGGAAGGAGGAGCCGACCCAAGGAUUUGAAGUGGAGUUGUCUUCCUUUAGCUUUUGGUUACAGUGAGCCAUUCCUCUACAUCAUUUACUUCAACAGUGUCCAGGGUAUCACAAUUCCUGCUGAUAAGGACGAUACAAGAGGAAAGCAAACCAUCCUGGACAUGCAUUGUCCACGGUACCUCGGCCGGGCCAUCAGGAUCGGUGGUGUGUACGUGUCAAUAAGUGAUGGCCAGGGCACUCAGCUUGUGUGUCUCCGGGGCAACGACGGCAUGAAUAUCAACUACUAUGAGGACAAUAAGGAGAACAAGUACAGUUUGGCAGUAAACAAAGGGAAGGGACGGUUUGGUAGUCCAAGGAGAGGCAACACCAUGGGCUCCUCUCACAUGCGACGACAGUUGUCCGGCUCCUCACUCGACAGUAACUUUAGUGAAGUCUCGUCAGUGUCCACAGCUACCAGUGUUGAGAGCUGUACAACGUAUGGGUCAGAGAUAUGACCUGGACUGCAGGAUGAACCUUUUAAAAUGUAUAGAGUGAAUUAUGACCUCUAGUAUUGAUGUUGGCUCUGUCAGACUCACUGAAAAACUCUACUUUUGGUGUAUAAGACAAAAAUCUGAACUUGAGCCGGGAUCAGAUAGAGGUAUUAAUGUAAUUUACGUAGGUCACAAAUCUGGGUCAGAGAUAUUAAACUUUUCAGUUAGACUGUUGAAUAGUGACCUUUCACCAAACAGUAUAUAGAGUGCCAUGGGAUUUUUCGCAAAAUAUUGAUCUUACUGUUUUACUGAUUUUUAAGACCUCUGUUAUGUAUGUGAUUUAUUAUCAUUACCACUACCUUAAUUGACCUAAUAGGUGCUCUAGGCACUAAGGAAUGUGAGAAAAUCAGUGAUUGCAGAACUUUUCAAAAUUCUCACAAAAUAUAGCGAUAAUAGAUACCAUGUCAGUUUAAAAGUAAAUUUUGGUGGAUGGAUUGGUCUCAAACCUGAAAAAAUGAUAGGGAUGCUUAUAAGGGAAGGGGGGCUUAUUGUAUCAAAUAUAGUAUGACCUGUCAUGUUAUUGAUUUACAUACUAUUUCCACAAGAACUGCUUUGUCCAUGGCUUUACUGCAUAAUAUUUAUAUAACAUUAUCAUCACUAUACCCUCUAUAACAAAAUUUGGUAUAAUGCCAACAUUAAGUGGCUCACGUUUCAUCACAUUUCCACAAGACUUUGCAGGCUUUAUCACCAUCUGUAGUUCUGUAGCAUUAUUACUAGUUCUCUGUCUUGCCCGUUUUGUACCAAUCUAAUAAUCGUUUUUAAAGAACAUCGUCCAUCCAAUUAUCAUUGUCUUCACAUUUUAUGCCUUUUAUUCCUGAUGAUUAUGCACAUUCCAUAGGUAUUGUCCACAGUUCAAUUUGCCAUUACAAAAUUUGGUCAAUACCCUCUAUAUACAUUUUUCAAUAUUUAUUGGCCCAUUGGAGACCAGCACUAUGAUAAACUAAUACAUGUGUAGCACAAAUUUACACAACAUAUGCAAACAUCAAUAAUUAUCAACACAUACAUUCAUGGACGAUCUCUAUUAAUUUUCAAUUAGAUGUAAAAAUCUAUUACAGAAUGGUAAGUCUGUUUGCUUCGAAGUGAUCCAAUUAUUUAUUCUUGCCAUGUGUGAUACAAAUAUUAGCGUUUGAAUUGGAUCAUUCUGAGUAGAAAUAAGUCUACCACUGAAGUUUGUACAUUUACAUUGUACACAUCAACAUCACAGGCUCUGUGACACAUACCUUUGACUGAUCAUUUUGGAUCUACAAACACAAUUAAGUUUUUGUUUAAACUGACUAUUUGUGAAGCCUGAACUGGGUAAAUAUAUUGAUUCUAUGUAUUUUAAGUUAACAAGCAAAAGAAUCAGGGGUAAGAUUGUUCGGAAUUACAUGACCUAUAGUUACAGUAUAAAAGUUCUGAUCAGCUUUUUAUUACAACGAUUUGUUUAACCAGACAUUCCCUUAACUAGUGUUAGUGUAAAUCAUAUUUUCACAAAAACACGUUUUCAAUGUACAUGUACUUCAACAACUGUUUUCAGUCAGGAAGACUGUAACAGUUAUAUUGCCCUACCCCUUGUAUAAAUGUAUCAUUACAUACCCCUUGUUGAAAUGUAUCAUUACAUACCCCUUGUUGAAAUGUAUCAUUACAUACCUAUUUAGAAUAUGGGAUUGUGUAACUACACCUACAACUACAUUUAUAUGCUGUGAAACAGUGAUUUACAAAAUCUUUUCACAAAAAUGUUCACAUACUAUUCCACGAUUCCUGUAAAAUCAUGCCUACUGUAUCCAGAUUUGUGUUCAUUCAUAGAUAAUGUGUGCCGAGUCCUGUUUAGUCAUGCAUACUUUAUCUCAAUUUGUGUUCUGUCAUGCAUACUUUAUCUCAAUUUGUGUUCAAUGAUGUAUGAUGGUUCCCAAUUUGUGUUCAGUCAUACAUACUUUAUUCCAAUUUGUGUUUAAUUAUAGAUGAUGUAUUAUGAUUCUUGUUCAAUCAUACACAAUGUAUCCAGAAUUGCAUAAAGUUUUAUGCAAUAUCAAUUUCCUAGUUUCAACUCAUGGCAUAUAUUAGUUACAUGACGUGUACAGGGAACCACACAGUAUUUGCGUAAUUAUUUUUGUAAAUUUGGAUGUUUUAUGCAUAUUACUUUUAUUUAUUUUCUGUUAGUGUCUAUAUUCUGUAUGGUGUAGUAUUUUUUUAGAAGACCACUAGUGUAUAGUUAGUUUUAUAGAUGACAACAGAUGAAUGGUCAGUUUUAAAGAUGACCACUAGUGUAUGGUCAAUUUUAUAGAUGACCACUAGUGUUCAGAGAUGAUUUUAGAAGAGAUCAUUACUUGUUACAGUGUUUACUGGUGUAUAGAACCAGUUUUAUAAAAGACUUGUUUUCAUCAUGGCUAACAGAAAUAGGUUUUGUUAUCGAUUACAUCGAUACAUGAUGUGAGGUUUAAAAACAAAAUUAAUCUACCUGCUAUAUCAUCAAAUGUAUUGGGGUGCUUUCUGAAAAGUGCAUACGACAUUCUUGUGACUGGAAACUAACAGCUUUUUGUUCUCAAAAUUUAUUACAUAUAGUUAAGAAGUCCAAAUCUAAACAAAUCUAGCCCUGGACAUAGUAAAUUCAAAACUUAACAAAACUAGCACUGGGAUAUUUUUAAUAUUUACCUUCUUUUAAAAUCUCUAUGUAAGUUUUUAGAAACUGUAGAAUAAAGAACACUUUUAUCAAAUUAGAUACUUGGAACUAGAAUAAGGUAAACAAAAUUGUGCAAUAUGACUUCUGAUCAAAAUCCAUUCACACCCGCCAACGGAUAAAUGAAGUGAUUGGGUCCCAUAAUAACACUGCAGAUAUGUUAAUUGACAUUGUCUGCAUAGAGCUGGUAUCACAAUAGGUUAAAUUUGAGAAAAAACAUUCAAAGUUUUUUUUUUAUAUUUUGAAUUAUAAUGAAAUAGAUGUCACCUGAUAAAUGCAAUUAAACUUGAUAAAAACCUUCA